AUUGCCACUAGCACAAUCGGUUCGGUCGGUCGGGCAUCCGUCGAUAGAAUUGCACAUAUUUUUAUUUUUAUUGUUUAGAAAAAAGGAUCAAUCGUAAUUUCUAUUCAACAAACACCAAUUAUUAAAACAUAUUCACUUUAUAGUGAUAUAAACUUGGUGCAGUUUCUCGAUAAUUUCUUUGUUUCGUUAAUUCACCGAUGUGUAUUCAUCGGACUGUGAUGAAAUGUCAAAAAUUUUCGUGGAUUAGUGCCAAUGGUCAUGAAAUUUUUCUGCCGUGAAAAUUUUGUGAUGAAAGUGCAUUUGUGAACUAUUGACAUCAUAGAAUUUUGAACAGUUUGUGUGGUGAGCGCUUUUCAGCGGUAUUCGUGUGUGACAGUUGCAUGAUUUAACACAUUUCGAGAAAGUGAAGGGUGUUGGCGAUUGGUGAUCAACGGACAUGAGCUCCCCGCCCCCCGUCCAGUUGGAGGUGGAGGUUGGUGAUGAGUCUAUGGAGGACGACGCUGCUGACAUGAUUCCGGCAGAUAGGUUCACAUUGCCCGGGCGAGCUGACGCCGUGGUGGAGCUAUGGAGGUCCAAGAUGGAAGAAGGUGUGCUGGCACCAGCGCACUUCCUCGACCACUGGAGAGUCACAGUGCCGAGGAUAUACUCCCCACAACCUAAUAGGACUUGUUUAGAUUGGUCAUUCGACGAAGACUUAGCAGCCAAGCUGCUGAUCCAGCCGCUAGAACUGUUCGUGUGGGGCAACAGCGAUGGGUCACAGCCGCCACUGCCGCGCCGCUCCACGCUCUGCGGCCGCGUGUUCAAGCAGGGAGACCCUGCUUACAGCUGCAGGGAGUGUGGAAUGGACAACACAUGCGUGCUAUGCGUGGAAUGCUUCAAAGUAUCAGCACAUCGGCACCACAAGUACAAGAUGGGGCAGUCGAGCGGCGGCGGCUGCUGCGACUGCGGCGACACCGAGGCCUGGAAGAGAGAUCCCUUCUGCGAGCUGCAUGCUGCGUCAGAAGACGACAACCAAUCAGAGGCCACAAUCAAGCCCGACGUGAUAGAGCGAAUGAAGAUCGUCGCGUCUGUCUGUCUGACGUACUGCCUCAGGUUACUGACCCACGACCAUGCUCCGGGCUUGCCAAAUGAUUUAAGGCUAAAGGAUGCGGAGCGCGAUCUGCUGCAAAUCCUCGACCAGCCAGACUGCUACUGCACCGUGCUGUAUAACGACGAGACGCAUACCUUCGAUCAGGUCAUAACAACCCUAGUAAGAGUAACAAAAUGCAACCAGCGGGAUUCCUUAGAGCUCGUGAGUCUGAUCGACCGCGAGGGUCGAGCCCUCGUCAAGUGCAACUCCUUCCAAGUUUGUGAUAAACUCAAAACUGACAUCGAGAUCUGUACGGCGAUGUUCGAAAGGUUCACGUCGCGCCACGGGCCGAGCCUCAAGGUGCUGGUCAUGCACGCGCACGUCAUCGCCCACCAGACCUUCGCCAUGAAGCUGUUGCAUUGGCUACAAAACUUCGUGAGCCAAGAACCGAGUCUCCGUCUAGCAACCAGUCAAGUAGCCCUAGGUGAAGAAGUCUGGGGGGCCGGGGCUUCCGUGGGCGGGGGCGGCGGCGUCGCUUGCGGGGUCAUGCAGAAUGACUCGCGCAUGUGGAAGGCGGCUAGAACCGCGUGGCAUCGUCUACUGAUUGCUACAACACUGAUGGAUUAUACUACGAAGAGAACUAUGGCGAUUUUGUUUACUAAGAAUUAUGGUUCAAUCCUCAAGGACUUCAUCCGCGACGACCACGACCACUCGUUCUCGAUCUCAUCGCUAUCAGUCCAGCUGUACACGACGCCGACGCUCGCGCACCACCUCAUAGCUAAACACGACGCUCUCUUCGUCGUCAUGAACACUUUCGUCAGCGAGUGUAACAGGCGCUGCAGUAAUGGUCGUCUAGAAUUCGACCGGUCCCACGUGCCGAUGGCGUUCAAACGCGCCCAGUUCAUAUUAUACGACGUCAAGUACCUCCUGAGCUCAGUACCAGCUACCUUCGACGAUGAUCUGCGCAAAGGGUUCAUGCACGGCAUCUCGCUGAUGCUGAACCUGUUGGUCAUGAUGCAGGGGAUGGACUCUGUUGUGAGACAAGUUGGGCAACACAUGGAAUACGAGCCCGAAUGGGAGUCGGCUUUCAAUUUACACGUGAAGUUAGCUCACAGUAUCACGCUGUCGCUGGAGUGGUGCGCGGCGGAGAAGGCGCUGGCCACCGCCGUGUACCGCAUGGCGCUGCGCAAGCAUAGCGAGACUUAUACACCGCCGGCUAAGGUUGUACGGGAACUAGGCAACCAAAGCGGCUCAGUAAUCCCAUACGACGUAUCAGUGGAACCGGUCUCCAUCCACCGUCCCCUGUCCCGGUACAUCGCCGGGCUGCACCUGCUGCUGCACAAGCACGGGCUGUCGUACCACAGCCGCGAGUUCGACAGGCACGACCGACCCAAGCCCACGCCGGCUGAGCUUAUUGAACCAGUCCUACAAACAAUGGCCAUGAUAGGUCAAGUCCACGCCGGCAUGUGGCGCCGCAACGGCUUCGCGCUCAUCAACCAGCUGUACUUCUAUCAGAACGUCAAGUGUCGAGCCGAGAUGCUGGACAGAGAUGUCGUUAUGUUGCAGAUCGGCGCCUCUCUAAUCGAGAGCAACGAGUUCAUUAUCCACGUGCUGAACAAGUUCAACCUACUUGAGUGGGCGGCUCCCGACUUCGAACAGCGCAGUAUUGAAGACGAUACGCUAAGGCAUACUAUUAGCAUGCUUGAAGAAUUCUUGGGACUGCUGAUUACCAUCUAUGGUUCCCGAUACGUUCCCGGAGUAGGCGAGGUCACCAAUGAGGAUCGUACAAUGAAGGAGAUCAUACAAAUGCUGUGUGUCAAACCUAUGCCGCACUCUGAGUUAAACAGAUCACUACCCGAAGACCAGCUCCACGAAACUGGUCUAGAAGCCGUUAUCCACGAGGUCGCGGACUUCAUAAAACCCUCAGGAGGGAACAACCGAGGCGUUUAUAAGCUGAAACCGCAUCUGUACGACGAAUACGACACGUUCUUCUACCAUUAUACCAGGGAGGAACUGUCCAGGAGUGAGGAGGAGCAGAGGACUAGGAGGAAGGCUGCUGGUCUACCAGAAUGCUGUCCACCUCCCCCCCUACCGAAGCUAUCACCCCCAUUCCGCUUGCUAGCCAACUUACUGCAGAGCGAUUCAGUACACCAUGUUCUGAAGACUGUUCUAGAACGAGCACUGGACCUCAGGGCCAGGUCCUUCUCGGAGACUCAAGUGCAUAAGGCACUGCACCUAAUGGGUUACGCACUUCGCGACGAGGAGAGCGGUCACUACGAGUUCCUGCAGUUCGCCGAGAGCGCGGCGCGGGCGGGCCUGCUGCAGCUGCUGCAGAAGCUCGUCACCUCGCCCAGGGUCGAUGCUCAUCGACAGCUGGCCAGAUGGGUGCUUAAUAAGAUGAAGACACUAUUAGGCCAAAACGACGAAAACGUAGGAGAUGGAGAUAACAUGGAAACAGAUCAGGAAGAGAAACCCGCGUCUGAUGAAGCCGCUGAAGCGGAGAAGGCCCGUCGUGCGAAGUUAGCCGCGGAACGUCGCGCCAAAGUGAUGGCGCAAAUGAAGACGCAGAUGAACAACUUCAUAUCGAACAACGCCACGCUGUUCGAGGAGACCACUACUGAGGUAACGGCGGAAGAACAAGAGCUCCGGCCUCUAUACUGUGGCGCAGCGCUCGGCGUGUGGGGCGGCGGAGUGCCCGAGCCGCCGCGUGUCUGCAUCAUGUGUCAGGAAGAGGCUCGUGUAGAAUUACGAACGGAACCUUUAGUCCUGGUCGCGUUUGUCCAACAAUCGAGCGUGCUCUCCCGUCUUCGCCGCGGCGGUCAGGCUCGACUGCCGGCGGGCUGGCGCGCGGGCUGGCUGCCGGCGGGGCUGGGGCUGCAGCCGCACGUGUCCUCGUGCGGGCACGCGCUGCACGCCGCCUGCUGGCGCAACUACGUCGACAACGUGCAGGACAAGGAGAACAGGAGGCCCUACCGCGGCAGACAGCCAGCAGCCUUCGACGUCGAGAAGAAAGAAUACCUAUGUCCCCUCUGCGAGCGUCUCUGCAACACCGCCCUCCCCCUCCUCCCCGCCCCCACCAUGCCUCUCGGCACCCCUCCCCCCCUCACGGAGGAAAGCUACAACGAAUCCGUCAACCUGAUCCUCAAGCUCAAACACCAGGUCAGCUCCGAAGCUCUUCACAUUUGUACGGAGUUCUGCGAGGAAAUGCACUGUCAGGCUCGGGCCAGGAGUGUGGGAGCCAUGUCUUCGGACAUGGAAGACGAGACGGCGGAUGAGACGGAGGUCUACGUGUCUACUCAUUCGGAGAAUCUCUUGAAGCCGGAGUUUUUGGUGCACUUUGAAGGCGAUAUACCGCCGUAUAAUGAUAUGACUAAGGCUUUGAUUGAGGAUUUUGCUAAUAUACUCCCAAUCUCAGAAUACGGAGGCAUGGUAUCGAGUGCCGCCCUCUACCGGUCAACUUCCUACACAAUCUUCAGCACCAACGCCGUCUUACAAGCCGAAAACCGACCGUUACUCGGCGACCUACCCGCCAGACAUAGGGACACUCUCCAAGCCUUAAUCCGGCUAGCCGCUUCCUUACCGGCCGUCUGGUCUUCCCCCAAACACCUAUCACACCAUGCUUUAAGUACCUUAACCACUUUAGAAAGCACAUCUCCCUUAACUCAUGAACCUUUCGGUACUUUAGUUCCGCUAGUCCUGACAGCCCCGUCUCUCUUCUGCAAAGUUGCCAGCCCAGCCAGGCCUACCAACCUAGCCAAACAAAUCACCCUCCAAUGUUUCCGAGCAACCCUAGCUAGAGCACUACUUGUGAGGGACGUGACGUCAUGCAAGAGCCAGCCAAUGGAAGGCCAGGAAGACUUCAAAAACCCGGAUCUAGAAAACCUACUUCCAUUCAUGAAGGAGUUGAGAAAAGGUGUUCUAGAAGACGAUUUGAAUCCUGUGGAAGUUUGGCAGAACAUAAAGUCACAGUGCCAUACGUUCUUGCGUUGCUGUUGCUUGUUCUACCACUUCUUAAGUGACAUAAGCGCCCCUUCAGAACUAACUGUUGUUAACGGAGACACUUGGGAAAGCAUGUGCGGGUAUCUAGACAUGCCGACGACUUUCAAAGACUUAGUAGACACCCCUACAGCUAAAAAGAAGAUUACUGAAUGGGUUAACUUAUCUACGGAAUGGUUUAGCGGAGAUAUAGCACCUCACAUAGUUACUGAGCCCAAAGAGCCGCCAUCUUUAAUACCUUUGCCUGAAGAUUUUUCGGAGCUUAUGAAUCUAGUUUCGGAGUUCUCGUGCCCGAAUUCGGAGAGGGAAGACAGUAAGAAGCCGACCAUGUGUCUGGUUUGUGGGCAAAUAUUGUGCUCUCAGAGUUACUGCUGUCAAGCUGAUAUACCAAAGGUUGGUCGCGGGUCGGAGGUGCAGCGCGUGGGCGCGGUGGUGGCGCACUGCGUGUCGUGCGGCGGCGGCGCCGGCGUGUUCCUGCGCGUGAGGGACUGCGAGCUGCUGCUGCUCGCCGCCCCCGCCCGCGGCGCCAAGCUGCCGGCGCCCUACCUCGACUCCUACGGCGAGACCGACCAGGGUCUCCGUCGCGGCAACCCCCUGCACCUGUGCCCGUCCCGCUACGCGACACUGCGUACACUAUGGCUAUCGCACGGACUACACGAGCGCAUCGCCCGCGCACUCGACACCAACGUGCUCGUCACCACCACGUGGCAGAACUUGUGAUAGCCUUCUCCUGUCUCUAGUACUUCACAUCCUACUGCUGGUGAACGAGUGUCCCAGUCAGGUAACUACAGCUGGUACUCAUCCAUGGAGAAUGAAAUGAUGAGCGGAGAUGUCAUAACGCAAAAUCUCCUAAGAAAGUAGCGUCGCCAAUAUAAGAGUGUUCGGGCGACAAGGAACCCAUUAUUUUUGAAAUCAAAUCGCCAAUCAAUCAACAUCAAUGUUUGACAGAUGUCUGAGGGAAUCCGAACGCCUCGUUAGUUCCAGUAACCGAUCGUUUUGGUCACGCGUACCGUACGUUAUUUGACCUACAAGAAGGCGCUUGAACUUAACGUUAUGGCAUCUCCGCUCAUCUUUCCUUCUUCCGUGGUCCCAGCAACCAGGUUACUCCUACCUAGCUGGUUCUUAUUACACUGGAUAACAGCCUAUAGUUUACACUUGCCGGUUUCAUGGUCACACGUUUCAUGUAAUACUGGUGAAAUAUAUUUCUGUCAUAUUGAAAGUACGCAACUAACGUCCAAUUUCACCGACAAUGUGAACAUCAGUUUUCUUAAAACAACUGUUUCUAUGAAUUUUCAAGGAAAACAGUUGUGUUAAGAAAAACUAUUAUUUAUAAUGUCAGUGAACUUGGGCUUAGGCGCCAUUUUUUCAGUGGUAAAGUUCAUUCUGAUGCUCUUCUAAACUUAGUAUAGCAGUUGUAGGGUAUCGAACCUUAAAUGUAAAAGCCGAAAAUCCCGACUUGCCACAGAUUCAGUCGUUAUUAGGAAAGUCGUGACAUUUCUGCAAUUUUGAUUCUAAUAAAUGUUGAAUUCACGAAUAAGUCGCUGAUAAAAUGCAAUAUUUAUUCGAAACAAAAUUAAUCUUUAGCCUAUACCAAGUUAUUUUGCUUAGGGCAAGUUAGCUUCAAAGGUCUCAAAUUCCUAAAUUUUUGGCAUUAAGUGCCGGUGUUACAAGUGUUAUAAAAUAGUGUUAAUUUUGGCACAAAGACACAGUCCAGUUGUAAUCACUGUGAUUUUCUUUUAAAUAUGUGUUUUUAAUACUAACCAAUGAUGUUUCGAUAAUAGAUCUAAACUUAGAAUUAUAUUGAGUUGCGUACCCCUUUAUUUAUAAGUUUUUAGGUAGUCUAUUUACUGGCAGAGAAAUCUUCAAAAAUAGGUGCGAAAAUGCAAAUCACAAUUACUUUUGAUCAUUAUGGCACACCACUUGUUAUAUGCAGUUGACAGCUGUCAGUUUUUAAUGGAUGACUUACAGCUAUUGUCAACUGCACCAAAAAACGAUCAGACUGUAAGAUAUUGUUAUGAAUAAAGGGGUUUUCAGAAUAUCUGUCGUCGUCAAAAGAGGCGUAAUUACCCUCAUUCAAGAUGUAGUUACGCCUUUUUAAGAAUAUGCGUUAAAAAUGUAAAUGUGAUUCUUUUUUUAAAUCAGGUAUCCCGAUCCAUAGAUUAAACGUUAUAGUUUUAUAUUUAACGUUAAUUUUGCACAUUUAGCUGUAAACUAUGUUUUUAUUCUAUGCAUAUGUCAUUCUCAUUGUGAUUAUAGUACUCAAUAGAAAAAUGUAUUCCCAAAAGUAGAGGUCGAUAGUCAAUCGUUUAAAAAUCUAUAAAUUGUGUUUGUGUUUUUAAAGAUUGCACUAAAUUGAUCCAGUAUAAUAAUUUAGUGCAAUCUUUAAAAUAUUCUAGACAUUAUCAGCCUUACUACAAAAAUUUAAACUUUUACCUUUCCGACCCAUUUGUUCAAUACAUUAACACAUGUAACUGUAUGCCACUAUUAAAUACUAAAUAUUAUAAACAUUAUCAUAAUUUAGUUCCUAACAUAACAACAUUUUAAGAGCCUGUUCCACCACUUUCGGACAAGUACCCAUUAUAUUUCCAGCAGCCAGUAGUUUAUGUACUUCAGAUUUCAAUAAACAACCUAUCCAUCUAAAUUUUGUCAAUUCAAUCUGACCGAUUUAUCGCAAAAUAGUAGAUAGUUCGGUUAUUGAAAUCUGCAGGUUUCAAGGACAUUAGGUAUAAAAAGUGGUGGAAACAAGCUUUGAAUCUUAGUGCAAUCAUUUAUGUCGUGUUUCGCGUGUUUCAACAUAAUUUAGCUAGGUUUAUACAAAUUUUAAUAUUUUAGUUUUCUCUUUUAUGGCUAGUGUAAAAUGAUUCUUAAUACCACUCAUACUAUUGUUUGUUUAAGCACAUAGAUAUGUUCAACGAUGUCUUGUAAUUCAUACACCAGGUGUGCAGAAAUGUAGGAAGGUUCUGCACAAUCAUUUCUUAGGCUUAUAUUAUAACAAAGAAUUAUCGAUUAAAGAUCUAACGUACAAGAUUAUGGAAUUUUGAGAUUAAUGAUGGAUGUACUAGCUACUACUAUAAUUUGCUAGAUAUUUUCCACUCUUUCGAGUUAAAGAAAGUCGUUAUUAAAAAAAUCGACUUAACUCGAAAAUGUCGGGAUGAAAACUAGUAAUUUAUUAAUGUUAAAGUAUCCUUGAUUUGAGUCAGAACGCUUUGCCGUGUUUGUAUAUAUUUUUGUGAUAUAUUAAAUCUAUAUGUUUAGUUCCCAGCCCGUAGGACAGCUUUCAAGGGAAGAUUUGCGAUGAUAGGAAUAAUGGCUAGAUGUCUGUGUGACGGUCACUCUGCCUAUGGGCGGAUAAUGGAAGUUUUCACAUACUAAUAAUAAAUAUCGACGCGCAAUAUUCAUUAAUUAGUGGGUAUAAUGUGUGUUGAUUUGUAAUCACGUCUCUUAAAAUAUUAAACAUUUUUCGAUAAAAUAUUCGGAAAAUGUGUAGCUAGAUAAUAAAUCUAUUUUAUCGAAUUCUUCAAAGCUUUCGGCUUUUAAUUAAGAGAUAUUUGUAAUCGCAUAAAAUAAUGUUACAAAUCAAGACACUGCAUAUUUGUUGCCAAAUAGAAAAUACUCGAAUUUUUAUUAUACUAUUUGCCAAAGACUUUAUGUAAUAAAAAUGGUUUAGUUUAUUCUUAAUUGUUUUAGAUUGUAAAUUUUAUUGACAUUACAAGGAAAUUAAUUUAUCAUAAAUAUUACGUAUUAUUUCAAUAUUUUUACAAUUUAGUGCAAUUAAUGAAACUGGUUAUGCGUUUUGGCAAUAAAUAUGCUUAUCUUUUAGAUGUUAAAUCCCAAAUAUAUGUCGCCGGUAUAUUUUGUGUGUUUGUUAUGUGGCAACACCGAUCGUAAUACAUUAUUUAUAUAGUAUUACAGUAUGUGGCAGCUAGUUCCCGAUGUAUGGAACUUGUAUGGUUGUAACUUACGGCGAACGCUGUCUAUGUUCUCUUAUUAAAUAAAUUAAUAUAAUUGAAAUGAAAUUA